GAAACAGAAGAAAAAAUCGCUUUAACUGGAAAUGACAAUGGAAUUGAACUUCUGCAUAUGUACACUGUCAUAUCGACGUGAAAAUGGGAAGUCCAAAUAUUUCGCUCUACUUAGAAAUGUGUUUAAGUUUAAAAGCCGUGCGUAACUGUUUCCUGGAUAAUUGUCUCCUUCCAUGAGUAAAUCAAGCGAGCGUCGUGGUGAGAAUAUGAGCUAUUGGUCUACUAUCAAAGCAUUAUUUUUGUUAACCUCAUGCCACGUAAAACCUUUAAUAAUAUCGGGGAAAAAAAAGUCUCCAGUUAUCUUAAAUAAACUUUAUAAAAUAGGUGUUCAUUUAACGAAGCGCCUCUUGUAUUUCAGCACCAUGAGAAGGACAGCGCUUCUUUUUUUCUUAUUUACCUCCUAGCGCAUUUGGAUACAGCUGCUACACAGAACACGGCGGUGAGGACAGAGACAUAUCAUUUCGGAAACUACAGCCUUAAAAGUGAUUUAAUCAAGUUUAAUAUAUGUUCGUCUCUAAAAGGGUACAGCACAGCAGGUGAAGUAAACGUCACUCUCUCCCCGCCCAUGAAGCGCCUGUAUGAGAUAUCUGAAGUGAAGCAGGGCUUCCACUCGGGAAGAUGACACAGGAGGAGAGGAUCAUCUCAAGAAUUGACACGGAAGCCGAUUUCUCACCACGUCCCCAUAGUUUCAAGAUUACCUUUCUGGAGAGGAUAUAAUCAAAUAAGAACAUCAAUGUUUUUUUUCCCCCCCGAGAAGAGCAGAUCAUUUUUUAGAUUUUUUAAAGUAGAAAGAAGCUAGAAGCUUUGGCGAGAAGUAGAAAAGAUAAUUCACCAGGGUGAAAUAUGGAACGUGGAUUAUUCAACCACCUGUUCUCAGCGAGGACCGCUAUGCUCUGUUGUUUCUUCUUAUGUAAGUCAAUUUUCUGUCAUGAGAAGACCCACUCACAUGCGGAGGACGAGCUCUUCAAGAAGCUCUUCAUCGGGUACAACAAGUGGUCCAGACCCGUACCCAACAUCUCAGACGUGGUCAUCGUCAAGUUCGGACUCUCCAUAGCACAGCUCAUUGAUGUGGACGAGAAGAAUCAGAUGAUGACCACCAACGUCUGGCUGAAACAGGAGUGGAAUGACUACAAGCUACGCUGGACGCCGUCUGACUACGACAACGUCACAUCCAUCAGAGUCCCGUCUGAACUCAUCUGGGUCCCAGACAUCGUCCUCUACAACAAUGCAGACGGUGAGUUCGCCGUGACCCACAUGACCAAGGCCCACCUGUUCUACAAUGGGAAGGUGCGCUGGGUUCCCCCGGCCAUCUAUAAGUCCUCCUGCUCUAUAGACGUUACCUUCUUCCCCUUCGACCAGCAGAACUGUAAGAUGAAGUUUGGCUCUUGGACCUACGACAAGGCUAAAAUAGACCUGGAACGCUUCGAGAACACUGUGGAUCUGAACAACUACUGGGAGAGUGGAGAGUGGGCCAUCAUCAACGCAGUGGGAACCUACAACACCAAGAAGUACGACUGCUGUCAUGAGAUCUACCCUGAUAUCACCUACUUCUUCAUCAUCAGACGGCUGCCUCUCUUCUACACCAUCAACCUGAUCAUCCCCUGUCUGCUCAUCUCCUGUCUGACCGUCCUAGUCUUCUACCUCCCCUCAGACUGUGGGGAGAAGAUCACUCUGUGUAUCUCCGUCCUCCUCUCCCUCACCGUCUUCCUGCUCCUCAUCACGGAGAUCAUCCCUUCCACCUCCCUGGUCAUCCCUCUGAUUGGAGAGUAUCUCCUCUUCACCAUGAUCUUCGUCACUCUCUCCAUCGUCAUCACCGUGUUUGUCCUCAACGUCCACCACCGCUCCCCGGGGACCCAUAAGAUGCCUCGGUGGGUCCACUCUGUCUUCCUGGACCUGAUCCCCAGGUGGCUGUUCAUGAGGCGACCCGCGCCGGACGGACGGAGACGCAGGUUGUUGAUGCUCCAGCAGGGGGCAGCGGUGGCACGGUACCAGGGACGGACCAUCAACCCCAGACCAGCAGGCCUUCCUCCCUUCCUCAGCACCUCAGCCAGCUGCGUGAUACGUGCUCUGGAGGGACUGCACUAUAUCGCAGACCACCUGAGGGCAGAGGACGCAGACUUCAGUGUGAAGGAAGAUUGGAAGUACGUUGCCAUGGUGAUCGACCGUAUCUUCCUGUGGAUGUUUAUCAUUGUGUGUCUCCUAGGAACCAUUGGACUCUUCCUCCCUCCCUGGCUGGCUGGCAUGAUAUAGGACCUGGACUCUUCCUCGCUCCCUGGCUGGCAGGCAUGAAAUAGGACCUGGACUCUUCCUUCCUACCUGGCCAGCAUGAUAUAGGACCUGGACACUUCCUUCCUACCUGGCCAGCAUGAUAUAGGACCUGGAAGCUUCCUUCCUUCCUACCUGGCCAGCAUGAUAUAGGACCUGGACACUUCCUUCCUACCUGGCUGGCCAGCAUGAUAUAGGACCUAGACUCUUCAUCCCUCCCUGGCUAGCCAGCAUGAUAUAGGACCCGGACACUUCCUCCCUCCCUGGCUGGCCAGCAUGAUAUAGGACCAGUACUCUUCCUCCUUCCCUGGCUGGCCAGCAUGAUAUAGGACCUGGACUCUUCCUUCCAUCCCUGGCUGGCUGCAUGAUAUAGGCCCUGGACUCUUCCUCCCUCCCUGGUUGGCCAGCAUGAUAUAGGACCUGGACUCUUCCUCCCUCCCUGGCUGGCCAGCAUGAUAUAGGACCUGGACUCUUCCUUCCUACCUGGCUGGCCAGCAUGAUAUAGGACCUGGACACUUCCUUCCUACCUGGCUGGCCAGCAUGAUAUAGGACCUAGACUCUUCCUCCCUCCCUGGCUGGCCUGCAUGAUAUUGGACCUGGACUCUUCCUUCCUACCUGGCCAGUAUGAUAUAUGACCUGGACUCUUCCUUCCUACCUGGCCAGCAUGAUAUAGGACCUGGACACUUCCUUCCUACCUGGCCAGCAUGAUAUAUGACCUGGACUCUUCCUUCCUACCUGGCCAGCAUGAUAUAGGACCUGGACACUUCCUUCCUGCCUGGCUGGCCAGCAUGAUAUAGGACCUGGACUCUUCCACCCUCACUGGCUGGCCAGCAUGAUAUAGGCCCUGGACUCUUCCUUCCUACCUGGCUGGCCAGAAUGAUAUAGGACCUAGACUCUUCCUCCCUCCCUGGCUGGCCUGCAUGAUAUAGGACCUGGACUCUUCCUUCCUACCUGGCCAGCAUAAUAUAGGACCUAGACACUUCCUCCCUGGCUGGCCAGCAUGAUAUAGGACCUGGACACUUCCUCCCUGGCUGGCCAGCAUGAUAUAGGACCUAGACACUUCCUCCCUGGCUGGCCAGCAUGAUAUAGGAUCUGAACACUUCCUUCCUACCUGGCUGGCCAGCAUGAUAUAGGACCUGGACACGUCCUUCCUACCUGGCUGGCCAGCAUGAUAUAGGACCUGGACUCUUCCUUCCUCCCUCCCUGGCUGGCCAGCAUGACAUAGGACCAGUACUCUUCCUCCCUCCCUGGCUGGCCAGCAUGAUAUAGGACCUGGACUCUUCCUCCCUCCCUGGCUGGCUGGCAUGAUAUAGGCCCUGGACUCUUCCUUCCUACCUGGCUGGCCAGCAUGAUAUAGGACCUAGACUCUUCCUCCCUCCCUGGCUGGCCAGCAUAAUAUAGGACCUGGAUUCUUCCUUCCUACCUGGCCAGCAUAAUAUAGGACCUAGACACUUCCUCCCUGGCUGGCCAGCAUGAUAUAGGACCUGGACACUUCCUCCCUGGCUGGCCAGCAUGAUAUAGGACCUAGACACUUCCUCCCUGGCUGGCCAGCAUGAUAUAGGACCUGGAUACUUCCUUCUUACCUGGCUGGCCAGCAUGAUAUAGGACCUAGACACUUCCUCCCUGGCUGGCCAGCAUGAUAUAGGAUCUGGAAACUUCCUCCCUCCCUGGCUGGCCAGCAUGAUAUAGGACCUGGACACGUCCUCGCUCCCUGGCUGGCCAGCAUGAUAUAGGACCUGGACUCUUCCUUCCUACCUGGCCAGCAUGAUAUAGGACCUGGACUCUUCCUCCCUGGCUGGCCAGCAUGAUAUAGGACCUGGACUGUUCCUCUACCUGGCCAGCAUGAUAUGGGACCUGGACUCUUCCUUCCUACCUGGCUGGCCAGCAUGAUAUAGGACCUAGACUCUUCCUCCCUCCCUGGCUGGCCUGCAUGAUAUAGGACCUGGAUUCGUCCUUCCUACCUGGCCAGCAUAAUAUAGGACCUAGACACUUCCUCCCUGGCUGGCCAGCAUGAUAUAGGACCUGGACACUUCCUCCCUGGCUGGCCAGCAUGAUAUAGGACCUAGACACUUCCUCCCUGGCUGGCCAGCAUGAUAUAGGACCUGGAUACUUCCUUCCUACCUGGCUGGCCAGCAUGAUAUAGGACCUAGACACUUCCUCCCUCCCUGGCCAGCAUGAUAUAGGAUCUGGAAACUUCCUCCCUCCCUGGCUGGCCAGCAUGAUAUAGGACCUGGACACGUCCUCCCUCCCUGGCUGGCCAGCAUGAUAUAGGACCUGGACUCUUCCUCUACCUGGCCAGCAUGAUAUGGGACCUGGACUCUUCCUUCCUACCUGGCUGGCCAGCAUGAUUUAGGACCGGGGGUCUGGGCCUGAGAUCUACCAUGCCUGGCCGGCAUGAUUUAGCAUCUGGGGUCUGGGCCUGAGAUCUACCAUUCCUGGCACAGGACUGGCUGGCAUCACCUAGGGCCAGUAGACGUAACCUCUACCUUCUGCCCCCGGAGCAGGCUGGCACAGUGGUACUAGCACUACGACAACGGUGUGCAGUAACUUCAACCACUAGGUUGUUUUUUUUGCAAAAAUAAUGGUUUUGGGAAGAUGAUUAACUGUUACGAAACAUCGUAUCCAAGCAGGCAGAGGACCGUCGGGCACAGUAACAGUGCAAACGAGCUCUCUAGUGGAAGCUUUCUGUUCCACAUAGGAAUAAACACAACUGAGGAAGUAACUAGGUGAAUGACUGGCACUACCAAUGUACUGCUUCAUAACAAUAUCAAACACAUGCUGUUGUGGUAAUAAAUACUGUAUAAACAUAAAACGCAUGUUUUGGGAAUUUGGGAGUCGAUAGGAAAAGAAAAUGUCAGAUUUUAGUAACUGAUGUAACGUUUGCACCAAGAGUACUGAUUGAAGUCUUUACAUUGGCCUAACGUACGAAAAUGGGAACAUCCUCCAAAAAAAAACACCAACAAAUGUUUGUUAAUAACAUUUACGACACAAAUGAUAAUUUUUGUAACGUUGGGACUAUAAAUAUUCUAUCGGCACAAAACUUAGUUCUGAGAUAUUGAGUAUUAAAGUUUUCACAGCCUUGAUCUCAGAAUUGUUUUGAUGUGAAUUCUUCUUUCAUACCCCAGUAAGGUCAUGACCUUAAAGGUAGCACAAGUACAGAGUAUCAAAAAUCCUGGGACAUU